CCGGCGGGGAGCCAGGCCGGUUUGAGCGGGGCGGCGGGGAGGCACCGGCGGCGGAGGGACCGUGCGGCCGCCGCCAUGUUCCGCUCCGAAGAGGAGAUUGCAAGUGGGGAGAGCGAGGAGGAGAGUAACGGUGUCAACUUGAUGGAGUUCUCGGAUGAGAUCCUUUUGCACAUCCUCAGCUACGUCCCUUGCACUGACCUUGUCCUGAACGUCAGGAGAACCUGCAGGAAACUUGCAACGCUUUGCCUUGACAAGAGCCUAACCCAUACGGUUUUACUUCAGAAAGACUAUAAGGUAAACAAAGACAAAGUGAAGCAACUGAUGAGGGAUAUCGGAAAGGAGAUUUACCAGCUGAACAUGGCUGGGUGCUAUUGGCUGCCAAGCUCCACUAUUGAUCACGUCACACGAUGCAAGAACCUGGUAAAACUGAACUUAUCUGGGUGCCACAUCACCUCCCUCCGCCUCUCCAAGAUGCUCUCCACACUUCAGCACCUGCACUCCCUGGCCAUAGAUGUCAACCCGGGUUUCGAUGCCAGCCAGCUGAGCAGUGAGUGUAAGGCCACACUGAGCCGUGUCUCGGAAUUGAAGCAAACCCUUUACACGCCAUCAUAUGGGGUUGUCCCCUGCUGCACGAGCCUCGAGAAACUGCUGCUUUACUUUGAGAUCCUGGAUCGCUCACGGGAAGGCUUCAUGCUCUCUGGACAGCUGAUGGUAGGUGAGAGCAAUGUGCCCCAUUACCAGAACCUGCGGGUCUUCUAUGCCAGGCUGGCUCCUGGCUACGUUAACCAGGAGGUGGUGAGGCUGUACUUGGCGGUGCUGAGUGAUCGGACACCUGAGAACCUUCACGCCUUCCUUAUUUCUGCUCCCGGGAGCUUUGCAGAGACAGGAGCCACUAAAAACCUCCUGGACUCUAUGGCUCGAAAUGUACGUCUGGAUGCUUUACAAUUGCCCAAAGCCUGGAUUAACGGCUCUGGGCUCCUGCAACACUUGAAGUUCAACAACCCUUUCUACUUCAGCUUUAGCAGAUGCACCUUAUCUGGUGGCCACCUCAUCCAGAGAGUUAUUAAUGGUGGGAAGGAUCUUAAAAGCUUGACCAGUUUGAAUCUCAGUGGCUGCGUUCACUGUCUGGCUCCAGAGUCCCUGUUCCGAAAAGCAGAAGAUGACAUUGACAGCAGCAUUCUGGAAAGCCUGGUGGUGUCUUGCUGCAACCUGAGACACCUCAACCUGUCAGCAGCUCACCAUCACAGCUCGGAAAGCAUAGGCAACCACUUGUGCCAGCUUCUGUCCAGGCUAAAGCACCUGCUGUCAUUAGCGCUACCGGUUUGCUCCAUCACAGAUGUUGCUGCAAACGUGGAAAAGCCUCCCACAGUGUCUAAUUUGGUGCCCCAAACAUUCGGAAGGAAGGUUCGGAUUGGGAUACAGACAUACCCAAGGAACUUAGCGGACCAGGCAAAUCAGAAGAUGGAGUCCUCAGUAUUCUGGGCUCUGAUGGGAAGCCUCCGGUAUUUGGAAACCUUGGAAAUCAUUGGGUCCAGUUUUUCCUCUGCCAUGCCCCGCAAUGAGCCGGCUAUUAGGAACUCCUUGCCUCCUUGUGUCCGGGCACAGAGUGUCGGGGAUUCAGAGGUGGCUGCCAUUAGCCAAUUGACUUACUUGCAGAGCCUCACCUUAGCACAACUGCCAAAUAUCCUCACUGGCUCUGGGCUUAUUCACAUUGGAUUGCAGUGCCAGCAUUUGCGGACUCUUUCCUUGGCCAACCUGGGCAUGAUGGGGAAGGUGGUCUAUAUGUCUGCUCUCAUGGACAUGCUGAAACACUGCAAGUGUUUGAGAGAUCUCAGGCUGGAACAGCCUUACUUCUGUGCUGGUGCCCAGUUCUUCCAGGCACUGAGUCACUGCUCCUCUCUCCAGCGGCUUUGCAUCGUCUCCCGGAGUGGGACUCUGCAGUCUGACGCAGUGAUGUCAUUUAUGGCCAACUGCCUUGAGGUCAUCAUGUGCCACAUGUUUAUGGGAGAAUCUCUUACCGUUUGCAGAAGUCUCCAGCAAUCUCUUGUCCGGAGCUUCCAGGCAGAUCGCCCUGCACUGAACGUCGUCAUUUUCCCUCUGCUUCAUGAGGACUUGACAGAGGUCAUCAGAGAUGUCCCCAUGCGGCACUUGGAUGAAAUUACCUUGUUUAAAAGCAGAGUGGCCGAGGAACCUCCCAACUUGUGGUGGUGACUCUCACAGCAUGGCAAGGACAGUCAGCGUGAACACGGUCAAAUAGCUGCUUGUUGGCCUGGAUUGCCCAUCUUUCAGCUCCUGGCCACCUCCCUGGAUGCUGUACAAUCACUUGAAAUAGGUGCAAUUGCAAACUGAAAUAAAAGCUGGUCCUUUGCAGUGGGGAAACCAUCUAUUGGAUAUUGCUUGCAUCUGAAAAUCCCGUCUCCGAGGCUUCUGGAAUCUGAUGAGUAUUUCCUUGCGGUUAAUAGCAAUUGUUUUGUUAUUUGAUUGAAGUUAAAGGUAAGAGAAAGUGACUU